UUCCCUCUAGUUUUGUGUGGACCACAUCACCAGUUUAUCUUCUCUCUCUGCCCUUUUUUGACUUCUUCUUUGCAACCCUUCGUGCGUCGUCGACUCGUACAACGCCGAUGUUGAACUAAUGACCCAACUUUAGAUCUUUUAUUUUUUAAACACAAUUCUUACGAUGAAGUUCACUUCGCUCACUCUACUUGCUCUGGUCUCCAUUGCUGUCGCCGUCCCCGUCUCGUACGAGCCUACAUCUGUUGCUGCUCGCAGUGAGGACACGUCCGAAUUGGCUGCCCGGGCUGUCGACUUGGCCUCUGAGUUGGAGGAAAUAUUUGCGCGCAGCGAGCGUGACGAGGAACUUGAUGCCCGCGGCCUGUUCAGCAAAACCAAGAAGACCGCUCUCAAGGUCACUUUCACGGAUCCGAGCGGCCCGGUCUCCGCCACCCGCCAGAAGGCUGCUAUCAAACAACUGCAGUCGUUCAUUUCGAAGCAACAACAGGCCGCUUUCCCCUUCUGCUCUGUUGACUUCCAAGACGGUGGAAUUGGCACGUUCCGGUGCUUCAGCGCCGCAACAAAGAAGAUCGGCCAACAGGGACCCGCUGGCGCUCUCAACGUUGCCAAGCGUGGCUUGUUCAGCAAGACCAAGAAACCCACUCUCCAGGUCACGUUCACUGACCCCAGUGGCCCGGUCUCCGCCACACGCCGGAAGGCUGCCAUCAAACAACUGCAAUCAUUCAUCUCAAAGCAACAACAGGCUGCCUUCCCCUUCUGUUCCGUCGAUUUCCAGGACGGCGGUAUUGGUACUUUCCGCUGUUUCAGCGCAGCCACCAAGAAGAUUGGUCAGCAGGGCCCCGCCGGCGCGGUUAACGUCGCCAAGCGUGGCCUGUUCAGCAAGACCAAGAAGCCCACCCUCCAAGUCACUUUCACCGACCCAAGUGGCCCGGUUUCUGCUGCCCGCCAGAAGGCUACCAUCAAACAGCUGCAGUCGUUCAUCUCGAAACAACAGCAAGCUGCCUUCCCCUUCUGCUCCGUUGACUUCCAGGAUGGCGGCAUUGGCACUUUCCGCUGCUUCAGCGCUGCCACAAAGAAGAUCGGCCAACAAGGUCCCGCUGGCGCUGUUAACGUUCGCGGCUAA